AGUGUUCAUUCGACUAUGUCGUCACUACCGUCGACGUCCAACGAGUCCUUGUGUGGGCUGGACUCUAGCUUCACGGUGAUCCUUGGUACGCAGUGGGGGGACGAGGGGAAGGGCAAGUUGGUAGAUAUAUUGGCUCAACGGGCUAAUCUGUGUGCGAGGUUCAAUGGAGGGGCUAAUGCUGGUCACACUUUGGUGGUUGAUAAUCAGAAGUUCGCCUUUCAUCUCCUCCCUUGUGGUAUUGUGAACAAGCAAUGUGACAACUUAGUUGGAAAUGGAGUGGUUCUACAUGUGCCGACUCUUCUCAAGGAGUUAGAGCAGUUGAAGGACUAUGACGCCGAGGCCCUCAAGAGGCUUUACUUGUCCAAUAGGGCUAGUCUGUUGUUUGAUGCCCAUCAGAUGAUCGAUGGCAUCCAGGAAGCUGAGAAGAACACGACGGCGAUUGGCACGACCAAGCGCGGCAUCGGCCCGUGUUAUGCUAACAAGACGACUCGUAACGGUCUGAGGGUUGGUGACUUGAUGGACCUUCCCACAUUUGAUCGAAAGCUCCGCGAACUACUUGAGUGGUGUCAGCUGAGAUAUAAUAUCGAGUUGGACAUUGAGUCUGAGAUUAAACGUUAUCAUGGUUACGCCGAACUGUUGAAGAGUCAAGUGGUUGACAGUGUUACUAUGAUGCAUAAGGCUAUCCAAAAGUCACAACGUGAGGACUAUAAUAUCCUUGUGGAAGCUGCUAAUGCUACUAUGUUGGACAUUGACUUUGGUACAUAUCCGUAUGUGACUAGCUCUAACACGACUAUUGGUGGUGUGUGCACUGGUUUGGGAGUUCCUCCUCAAUCGAUUAAGUGCAUUAUUGGUGUCGUAAAGGCAUACACUACUCGUGUCGGCGGAGGUCCAUUCCCUACUGAGCUGUUUGAUGAGUAUGGCACUCAACUUCGGGAACAAGGUCAUGAGUAUGGCACCACCACGGGUCGUCCUCGCAGAUGCGGCUGGUUGGAUAUUCCCGUGCUUAAGUACUCUAACUUCCUCAAUGGAUUUACCAGUUUUAAUGUUACUAAGUUGGACGUCCUUAGCGGUGUUAAGAAACUUCUGGUAUGCACCGCGUAUGAGAUCGACGGUAAGAAGUUGGAGGACGGGUACUAUCCUUCUACUAUUGAGGAGUUGGAAAGAGCUAAGCCGGUGUACACUGAGAUGGAGGCUUGGGAUGACGAUAUUAGCAAUGUGAAGUCUUUCGAGGAGUUGCCAGUUGCUGCUCAGAAGUACAUAGAAGCUUUGGAGGAGUGGACUGGUGUUCCCGUGUCGUGGAUUGGAGUUGGCCCUGGCCGUCAUGACAUGAUAAGAAGGCACACGGAGUAGUAGAAGCAGUUGGAACUAGUAUGAUUACUUAAAGAUUCGUAUCCAAUUGUCAUCAUCAUCAGCAUCGUCGUCGUCGUUGUUGUUGUCCUCUGCCCUGUAUAGAGUCUCUUUGUUUACAGCAGGUAGGGGUAGAUAGAUAGC